AUGAAAAAUAUAGAUGAAAUAGAUUCUAGAAUUCAUUAAUAUAUGGAAAAAAGGAAAUCAUAACAGCCAAACUCUUUUGAUUAAUCUACAAUCUUAUUUUAGGAUAAAGCAGGUUUAUUGAAUGAAUUAGAAACUUUGAGAUAAAAAAAUGUAAAUUUAGAAUAAGAGUUAAAAGAGUUGUUAACCUAAUACGAUGAAAUUCAAAGAGAGGAAGAAAUCAAACAAUUAGAGUAAGAAAAAGCAGAGAUAAUCUAAAUUGAAUUGGAAUAAUUAAGGUAUAUUACAAUUCAAAUUAUAGGUCGAUGCAUUUUAAAAUGAAAGAUGAGUAUUAACAAUAAGUUGAUUUUCUUUAAAAGUAAUUGGAUUUUGCCGAAUAAGAGAAAAUUAAAUUAAUUACCGAAAAUCAAAGAUUAAAAUCAAAUUAAUGUAAUGAAUAAGAAACUUAAGAAUUAUACAAUUAAGUUUUUAAAGAGGGUUAAGAGAAUAUCAAAUUCAAUAAACAAAUUGAUAAAUUUUAGAAGGAAAUUUUAAAGCUGAAAAACAUAGUUGAAACAAAAAUUACAAAAAAGCAACAAAGCAAACAAAUGCAAGCAACUAAAUAUAAUGAAAAAAAAACAAAAAGUUGA